CAACAAAGAAAGCAAUUAUUUGCCAUACUUUUUCUAGGACUGGCACUUUGUCAGGGGUGUCAAGAUACCUCGACAACAGCAACUACAACAAAAGAUUGGUGGGAAACGGCUCAAUUCUAUCAGAUAUAUCCACGCUCCUUCAUGGAUUCGGAUGGCGAUGGCAUUGGUGACUUGAACGGCAUCACAAGUAAAUUGGAAUACCUGAAAGAGCUGGGUGUUACAGCUGCCUGGUUAUCGCCAAUCUUUACCUCACCAAUGGUGGACUUUGGCUAUGAUAUAUCGGAUUUUUAUGAUAUACAACCAGAAUAUGGAACACUAGAUGAUUUCCGUGCCCUGAUCAAGAAGGCAAAAGAACUUGAUUUGAAGAUAAUUCUUGACUUUGUGCCCAAUCAUUCGAGUAAUGAAAGUGAAUGGUUCAAGAAGUCAGUGAAUAGGGAGAAGGGCUACGAGGAUUACUAUGUGUGGCACGAUGGUAAAUUGAAUUCUGAAACCGGGGAGAGAGAACCUCCAUCGAAUUGGCUUCAGGCCUUCCGGGGCAGUGCCUGGGAGUGGCGAGAAGAGCGUCAACAGUAUUACCUCCAUCAAUUUGCCGUACAGCAAGUGGAUCUGAAUUAUCGUAAUCCUUUGGUAGUGGAGCAAAUGAAACGAGUGCUUCGAUACUGGUUGGAUCUUGGUGUGGCUGGUUUUCGAUGCGAUGCAGUUCCCGUAUUGUUUGAAAUUGAAACCGAUGAGAAUGGCCAGUAUGCGGAUGAGGAAGUAAGUGGACUGACAGAUGAUGUUGAUGAUCGCAGCUAUUUAAAGAGUGAUCUCAUCGAAAAUCGACCAGAAACCAUCGACAUGUCCUAUCAAUGGCGUACAGUAAUGGAUGACUAUCAGCGGAUUCAUGGCGGUGAUACGAGAGUCCUGUUUAUUGAGACCUAUGCCCCUCCGUCGUAUACUAUGCAGUUUUACGGCAAUCGUUCAGUGGAAGGUGCCCAUUUGCCUUUCAACUUUAACUUGAUCACAGUUGUGGCCAGCGAAGGCUUCUCGGCUAGUUCGGUGAAGACGGCUGUGGACAAUUGGUUGACCAAUUUGCCAGCGGGACGCACAGCCAAUUGGGUAAUUGGCAACCAUGAUCAGCGUAGGGCUGCCAGUCGUUACGGUGCCGCAAAUGCAGAUGCCAUGAAUAUGUUGGUGAUGAUCCUGCCUGGAGCUAGUGUUACCUAUCAGGGUGAAGAGUUGGGCAUGACGGAUGGCGAGAUUAGCUGGGAGGAUACUCAAGAUCCGGCUGCUUGCAAUUCGAAUUCCGAUAUUUACGAACAAUUUACACGAGAUCCCUCGCGAACUCCCUUCCAAUGGACAAGUGGCACAAAUGCCGGUUUCUCUACCGCCGAGAAAACUUGGUUACCCCUGGCCGCCGACUAUGAGACAAUUAAUGUAGAGACAGAGGAAGCUGCCACACGAUCACAUCUGAAGAUCUAUAAAUCUCUGAUAGAGUUAAGGAAAUCUUCAGCCACCUUGCAAACUGGUUCCACGAAAUAUGGAGUAGUGAGUGAAACAGUUUUUGUGGUUAAACGGUACCUUUCUGGUUCAGCCACUUUACUCUAUGUAGCCAAUAUGGGCACCAAAGGCAUUACCGUGGAUCUCUAUGACUUUGAUAAGACCUUGCCCACACAUUUGACACUCAAAAUUCGCAGUCUGAGUUCCAGCAAGGCCGAAAACUCUCUGUUCGAGGUAACCGGUCUCAGUCUGGCUGCUGGCGAGGCUCUGGUACUUAGCUCUGACUGAAAAGUUUUUUAACCAGAAAAAAAAAAUAAACAAAAACCAAAAUAAAA